UCGUCACCCGUUUCACGAACCGUCCUCUCUGGCCAAAUUCGGCAUUUUUUUCAAUUUUUAUUUUUUUGCAUUUUUUUCAUGUACUAAUAAAUACCUACAUUUUGUGAAAAUUUCCGAGUCUAACAUUGCGCGGUUACGUAAUAACGACGUCAUCGUAAAGCGUCCUCUUGCAAUAAAUUGGAUAUUUCUGUACCACGAACCGUCCUCUCUCGCGCUCGCGCGCUCAGGACACUUCGUGGUGAAGAAUUUGACGUAAAUUGAUCCGUCUGCUGCACCACGAAGCGGCCGCUUCCCUGGAAAGUUUGCCCGGAUCCAAUUAUUUCAUGUGGCUGUGCAACUUAGAGAAGGAGAUAUCUAAAACAAAGCAGGUAUGCCAAGACCAAAGAAGAGCAAAGGGAAAAGUGGAUCAAGACCGGAUAAAGGCUAUGAUGUUUUGGUGCAAUGGCAUUUGAAUGGUGCAAACAACAUUGUUCAUUCACCACUCCUUCAGUGGACAGGGAAGAUGACAAAAGGGAAAGAGGUGAUCAUGGACUAUGAAGGGACUCUGUGGCAAGGAAUCGUUCUCGAUUCAGAAUAUCUUGAAGAUUCAGAAUCGUCUGAUGAGGAAUUUGACAUCCCCCUGGCACGACUUUCUGACAAAUAUGCAGAAGCAAAACUUGGUCCUCUACCCGUAUCAUCGCCAUCACUUCCUGAAGAUUCAACAGGAUGUGGAUCUGGAUUGCCUGAACCAAUAUCCAUCGCAAGUGACCAGAUAACACAGUCUGAUGAGGAAUUUGACAUCCCCCUGGCACGACUUUCUGACAAAUAUGCAGAAGCAAAACUUGGUCCUCUACCCGUAUCAUCGCCAUCACUUCCUGAAGAUUCAACAGGAUGUGGAUCUGGAUUGCCUGAACCAAUAUCCAUCGCAAGUGACCAGAUAACACAGUCUGACAGCCAUGCAGAUUCUCCGCUCCAUCCAAACAUGCAGUGUGGUCAGAGAAAUCCUGAAACAUGUGACAAUUUCAUGUGUACUGAUGAAGUUUGGGCAGCGUGUCCAGAGUGCUUGUGUUUCUUAUGCUUCCUUCAUUUUAACUUACGUGAUGAUUGCCUUUGUCAUAAUCUUGCAUUCAAUCUCAGUGAAAUUCCACUUGACAUCAGUUCAAGUGCAUCACAGUACCAAGGGCUCACCAACGAAGAAGAAAGGAACAAUGAAGACGAGGUUAUGCCGUUAAUGGAAUCAAGAAGAGGAAACUUUGAAAACCAAGCCUCAUUGGAUACAAGAGUUGAAGAGAACGGAGAUCAGGUACUGAUGGCGACUCUGGAAUCAAAACAAUCCGAUGCGACCGACUCAUUAGAUAUUCCAGAGCAUCUUGAAGAAGCUAGCCUUCCCCAGGAAUCAGCUGAUAAUAGUCAACUGUCUCCUGAAUCAUUUCAAGUAGAUGGGGAAAGAGCAUUGGAAGUGCCAGAGCAGCCAAAGACGGUGAAGAGUAGAAAUCAAUUAGUCAAAGAACGGAGAAAUGCUGGUUACAGCUAUGAGAGUGAAAAGAGUAAGGAACUAAAAGCGGCGAGGAGAUUUGCUAGCUACGAAACCUCAUGUGAAAAGUGUCAUUUCAGAGGACUUAGUUGCAACACAUUUAGUUGCAACACUCGUGAAGCUAUUAGAUCAGCUUUUUAUGACCUUGCUGAUCUGACAAAGCAGAGAGAAUGGAUUGGACGGCACACCGAACAGAUUCAAGAAAAGAAGUCAAGAAAGAUCAGAAAAUGUGCGUAUUUCCUGCCAAUGCAGGUGAUCCAUGCAUUAAAGUUCGUGUAUGCAAAGCGAUGUUCGUGGGAACAUUAG